AUGCACACGGUGAAUGCCAUCGAUGAGGUGUCAGACCUGCCUGGCAGGUACGCAGAGACACAAGGGUCUACAUGUGAUGUGAAGACGUGCGCGUGUCGCGUCAGGUGGAGGAUAACUCGAGACACGCGAGUGAGCAAACGGCUGUCGAGCCACGUCGCCGAGGUGCAGCAACUUAAACUCUGGGAUGGAGCCUACAUGCGCUUCACCAGCAACGUCAACGACCGAGGCAUCUCUAACGGACGUCUGUGCUAUGUGGAGGACUCCUCACAUGCCGGUGACCUCCAGACAUCGCAUGUGGUUGUCCGUCUCUGCCCUCGGACGAUCGACAUCUCGUAG